CCCGCCUAUCAAUCUGACGUGUGAUCUUGUUCAAAAGUUUAUUUAUAUAUAUUUUCGGACCAUUCGUAUAAAGUUGGAUGAAAUCUUUUGAAGAUUGAAACUUCUGGUCAUUUCAAUUUUUAUAUCACUUCGUUACAAAAUGGAUUCCGAUCUGAAAAAAGUUCAAAAGAAUAGUGAUCAGAAACAAGUUUCAAAAAGCAAAACAGCAACUGCGCCAACUGAGCCGUUUAACAGUAAGGCUACUGAGUUGCCGUCAAUUCUCAAGCCGAAGUUCCCGUCGGACAAGGUCCUGAAGAAGAAAAAAUCCGGUGACAUGUUUGAUCUUGUAGGACAGAUCGUCAUCGAUAUCGUUGAUGAUAAUCCUGACGAUGAUGACCGACAGGAUGAGGCUACAACGGUGGAUACUGUACAAGAAGGAAUCGGAGCAACGGUCGAUGUAACUCUUGUCGAAGACGUCGCUGAAAAAGCACAUGAGCCAGCUUCAACUCCAAAUGUUGCUGACCGAUUGCAAAAACCAGUUGCAAAAGAUGAUAAUAGCGCUCCGGUAGAAGAAGCAAAUAGGAAGAAGAAAGAAGGCAAAGACCCCAAGAAUUCAGAAGAAGCAAAGAAGAACAGUAAGAAGGGGAAAAACGGCACAGCAAGACGAUCCGCGCUGAAAGGAGUCACUAUUCCACCGGUAGCAGCUUCUUUACCUUGUCCUCCACCCCCACCUCCUUUGAGUGAGCGGAAGAAGAAUGUAGGCCCAAAGCCAUGCGUUGGUCCAGCACAGAAAAAUUUGUCGAGCCAACGGAAGCAUAGCUCAAAACGAAACCGAAAAGGGCUCUUGAGAAAUGUGGCUAAACUAUGGGGCCGAAAGUCGGAUGGCAUCGCCAAUCCAACUAAAGCAAUGCUGUCGAAAAAGUACGUGCCACCGGAUUAUGGAGUGAACCCUGUCGAUUUCAUGCCGGACCUUGAAUGUUAUUUUAGCAAAAACGACAUUACUGUUCGUGAUAAAAACAAGUGUAGCAAAGGAGAGGUUUUUGUUGAAAAGCUCCCAUUUUGGUUGGCACGACUGCCGAGUGACGAUGACAUUCCGAAGGCUCAAAUUCAGGCUCAUCGGCCGCUGAAGCAAGCAUUUGAAGGAAAUCCGUCAUUGCUCCUUCCGAAAUGCCCAAGAACACUGCCGUUUUGUGAACCGGACUCUGACACACUGGAAAAGUUUAAGCAAGUUGAUAAACAGAUGGGAACCGAUGUACCUGAACAGGCAUCGAAAAGAUUGUGUACAAACACUUUUUAUGGAACCCUAAUGUUUGAAAAAGACAAGAGUGCGUCUGAAGAGGUGAAAAAGAAGAAAGAGGAACCAAAGUUGAAGUCUCUCGGAGAAGAGAGUGUGAAAGUGAACUUUAGUUUCCCUCCGAAACCAAUCUUGUUUAUUUACUCCAGAAAAAAUCGACCAAGACCACCGGUGAGAGAGGACGACAAAAGCCACAGCUGCAAAAAGUGCCACCCCAAAAACUUGAAACCGGAGCGAACGUUCAAAAAGUGUGAAUGGGUGAAAAUGAAGAAGGGCGACGAGAAAAAGACUGUGACCAACUCGGCCAACUCGAAAUCUGACACGAAAUCGGCUUCUUUUUCAGCAGAAGGACGGAAAUAGUACUUGUAGCUUAAAAUGAAUUAUUGAAAUUGA